UUGCUCCUUUCGCAGCCUCACUCGCUCACGACACUAGUCGCUUCCUCUCUUGAACCUAAUCACCUUGAUCUCAUCUCACUUUAUUCGGUGUUGACACGUUAUUCAAGUGCCAUCUCAAAGUAAAAAAAGUCCUUUUCCACCUCUUUUGGCCAAAAAAGUUCUUUUCCACCUCGGGACAAGAGAAGUUUCUUUUUGUCUGGUGCCACGAAUACUAGUCAGACCAACGUCAGAGAUGCAAUCCAACAAAUCUUAGUUCUCCCCUCACGAUUCACGUUUUGACAUGACAGCUCCUAGAAGGAACCGGCUCAAAGUCAUGUAUAAAUAGACCUAAUUGGUUUAUGUAAUCCCUCACUUAAAGAAGCGUACCAAAUUCUUCUCACCCAAAUCUUCAUGGAGUCCCAAUCUAUUCAAUCUCUCGUCAAUGCGAUCAAAAGAGAGAUACUCCCCAACUUGGGCUCGCACUCAUUCCUCUCUCCUUCACCAUAUGACACCGCAUGGUUGGCGAUGAUUCCCGAUCCUCGCCAACAUGAUUGUCCCAUGUUCGAGGAGUGUUUGAAUUGGGUGCUCCACAAUCAGAAAGAAGAAGGAUUUUGGGGAGAUUAUGAUUACGACGAACAUGAAACGUCCGACGGUUUGGAGUGUCUUGCUUCAGCCAUUGUCUGCAUGACCGUGCUAAAAAAGUGGCAUGUUGGUUCACCUUUGAUAGAGAAAGGAUUAAAGUUCAUUCAUGAAAAUGCGGAAUUGCUUCUUUCAAGAAACAAGCAUGGAAAGUUUCCUCGUUGGAUCGCUAUCAUCUUGCCCGGAUUGGUUGAUUUGGCACAUGCUGUUGGUUUGGAGAUUAUAUUCCCCGAAAGCACAGAACGUGCCAUUGCAGAUUUAUUCAGCAAUCGCCAACGAAUUCUCAAAAGGGAAGAACUUGUCGACAAGAACCAAUAUUACCCAUUGUUGUCGUAUCUUGAGGUCCUGCCUCGAACUUACAAAAUCAGCCAUGAAACCAUAUUGAAGCAUCUGAACGGCGACGGCUCUUUGUUUCAGUCACCCUCUGCAACAUCAAGCGCAUACCUAGCCACCGGGAACAAAGAAUGCUUGGCUUAUCUUCAAUCUCUUGCUUCGAAUUGUGCUUCUAAUGGUGCAGUUCCAUCUGUAUAUCUCGUGGAUGAAGAUCUUACAAAACUUUCCAUGGCUUAUCAACUCGUAAAAUUAGGGUUGACUGAGUUCUUUGACCGGGAGAAGGAUGAAAUUUUGGCACAAAUCUAUCGGAACUACAAGCAUGAAAAACCAAUCACGAAAUCAAUUCAUUCAAUCGCUGCCGAGCUAUACAAAGAUAGCUUGGAAUUCUGGCUUUUGCGCAUGCAUGGUUAUAGUGUAUCACCAUCAAGCUUUUGUUGGUUUCUAGAGCGUGAAGAAGUUCGAGAUCACAUCGAAAAACAUUCUGAAUACUUCUCAAGUGUGCUCCUUAACGUUUAUAGAGCCAGCAAUCUUAUGCUUCCGGAUGAACAUCAACUUGAGAAAGCAAGAACUUUCUCGAAGAAUUUUCUCGAGAAAAUCGUAUCCGGAGGAACGAGAGACGAAAGCAUCAUCUCGUCGAGUCAUCGCAAAAUGAUUGAGCACGAACUGGGUCUUCCAUGGAUGGCUCGCCUAGACCACCUGGAACAUAGGUUGUGGUUGGAGGAAAAAGAUGCUUGUGUAUUAUGGAUGGGAAAAUUUUCUUGCCAUAGGUCAUCACUGGUUCAUAAUCAAGAUAUAAUGCAACUUGCUGUGCAGAACUUUGUACUGAGACAAUCUGUUUACAGGAUGGAGCUUGACGUAGUCAAAGGGUGGUCCGAAACAACCGGACUUAGUAAAAUGGGGUUUGGUCGUGAGAAGACAACGUACUCUUAUUUUGCUGUCGCCUCUUCCGUUUAUCUGCCUUGCAACUCCGACGUGCGAGUACUGGUCGCCAAGAGCGCAAUCAUAGUAACUGUCGCCGAUGACUUUUUCGACAUGGAAGGUUCAUUAGAGGAUCUAGAAAAGCUUACUGAUGCGGUUCAAAGGUGGGACGGUGAAGGACUAAGUGGGCACGCCAAGACCAUAUUCGAAGCCCUCAACGAUCUCGUCGCCGACUUUAGAGUGAAAAGCUUCAAACAAUCGGGGAAGGACAUCAAGAAAAACCUUCAACAUAUAUGGGGUGAGACAUUUCAUUCAUGGCUCACGGAAGCGAAGUGGAGCCGAAGUGGUGGUGCCCCUUCGAUCCAUGAGUACCUCGACGUGGGCAUGACGUCCGUCGCAGCGCACACCUUAGUCCUUCCCUCUACGUGCCUCGCGAGCCCCACGAGACCAUUGCAGCAGCUGUGGUCCAACCCCUACCAGCCCAUCACCAAAUUGCUCAUGGUCAUCGCUCGGCUGUUAAAUGACGUCCCAGGCUACCUGAAAGAAGAAAAGCAAGGGAAAUUGAACUUUGUGCUGCUCUACCUAAAGGAAAACCCCGACGCCAGCAUUGAGGACCGCAUCAAAUUCGUGCAAUUGCUGCUAGACCAACUGAAGAAAGAGUUCCUCCAACACGUUCUCGACGAGCUCUGCGAAUUGCCCAAACCCAGCAGGCAGCUUCACCUCUGGUGCUUGAAAGUGUUCCACAUGUUCUACAACUCCUCCAACCGCUACGACUCGGACACUGACAUGCUCCACGACAUCCAGAAAGCGCUCGUGGUCCCGCCGCAAGUCCCCAAAUUGAAGCCCCUGAGGCCUUUGCCGGAGCAACUGGGACCGAAGCCACGGGUGUUUGUGACCAAGAGCCUGUCCGGCCAAUUCGGCCUUGAGCGUUUUCCUAGGAAGAGCUUUAUUGGGUAUCGAAUGGGUUCCCAAACAGGUCCAGUGAAUAGAUGGGAGAAGAUGUACAAGUCAUCUAGUUUUAAGUUAUGUUUCGCUUAGUUAUGGCAGUGGUAUAUCUUCAUGUACUAUAGCCAUGAACCAACUAUAGUUAUUUCGUGCUUCAAUCUCGUUGUUGCCUGUGUGGAAAGCGUUACAAGUC